UGCUAAAAAGCGAAAAGUCAAGCAAAUCUACUGCUUUUUCCUGCCUCAACAAUUUUUUUAUUAAAAUUAACAAAAACGGCUUGAAUUUUAACUAAAAAGUGUAUAUUUUUAUGUUCUUGAGUUUUCUAGCCUGCAACAGUUAAAAUUUUAGUGUCACACUGCAAUAUAUCGAUUUACUGCGAGAUACAUUUAAAUCGAAUCUCUGAUAGUUACCUAAGGGACUUUCCCCUCGUUAGUGGUGUGUGGCUGUGGCAUGAGCGUAUCUUUUUCCGGGAGUUUCCCACCCCAGGCGCCCUUAUAGGUUGAGAUAGAGCUGUCGUCACUCGUGACUCGUCUCGUCUGUCUGUUGAGUGUCGUCAUCGUGUCGUGUCACUGUCGCCUGUCGGUACUCUGUUUAUCAGUCAUCAUAUUUGUGUGCUUUGAAGUGAAACAGUUUAUGUUACUGUUAUUGUCUCGCGGUCGCCUGUAAUAAUUUCGGACGAUGUGGUGUCACGGACAAAGUGUGCCGUUGUCUAUUACGAAUGGAUUUUGAUAACGCUGAAUUUAUUAUUAAUUAUUUGCUAUGAGUAAAAAGGUGAAGUAUUCUCAGAAGUACAAACGUGAGUGGGAAAACGAAGAGUUGUUUAAGGGUUGGUUACAGUCUAGCAAGAAAGGAUGCGGUUUUGCAUAUUAUUCAAGUAACAAGAAGAGAAAAUCAUGUCUGCCAAAGCAAUAUAUGAAGCUACGGGAAAGAAUCUCAUAAAUCAUCAUCUUUCCAGUGGUACAGCAGCUGCAAGUUGUCGAUUUGCAUCAGUUUCUGAGAAUACUGAUUGGAAUAAACUGGUUGCCAAAAAUCCUUGGCUUAAAACUGAGCCAUUGGUUGUCAAGCCUGACCAGCUUAUCAAACGAAGAGGAAAACUUGGCUUGAUUAAAGUGAAUGUAGAUUUGAAAACUGUUCAAAACUGGAUCAGUGAGCGUAUGGGAAAAGACCAAACUGUUGGGAAAACAUCAGGGAAAUUGCGGAGUUUUAUCAUUGAACCAUUUAUCCCACACAAGAGUGAUGAAGAAACAUACGUGUGUAUUUACUCACAUCGUUAUGCUGACACUAUAAUGUUUUACCAUGAAGGUGGUGUUGACAUUGGUGAUGUUGAUGUCAAGGCAUCUACCAUUGAUAUUCCGGUUGGUGGGAUAGUGGAUGGUGAUGCCAUAAAAUCCCAGCUUUUGAUGUCUGUUGCACAACCAAAAAAAGAGAUAAUUUCAAGAUUUAUAGUCUCUCUCUACGAGCUGUAUGUUGAUCUAUAUUUUACAUACUUGGAAAUAAACCCUCUUGUGGUGACCAGUGAAACACUAUAUAUUCUGGACCUUGCUGCAAAACUUGAUUCAACUGCGGAUUUUGUUUGUCGUCAAAAAUGGGGGGAAAUAGAGUAUCCACCCCCAUUUGGCAGAGAUGCUUAUCCGGAGGAAGCUUACAUAGCUGAUCUGGAUGCAAAAAGUGGUGCAUCAUUGAAGCUUACCAUCUUGAACAAAUCUGGCCGCAUCUGGACAAUGGUUGCUGGUGGCGGAGCAUCAGUGAUCUACAGCGACACGAUCUGCGAGCUGGGUGGAGCUUCAGAGUUGGCCAACUACGGAGAGUAUAGUGGAGCACCAUCUGAGCAACAAACCUAUGAGUAUGCCAAGACGAUAUUGGGUUUGAUGACACAAGAGAAACACCCAAAAGGAAAGGUAUUGAUAGUUGGUGGAGGCAUUGCCAACUUCACCAAUGUAGCAUCUACAUUUAAGGGGAUUGUGACUGCAUUACAAGAAUUCCAACCUAAGCUUGUCGAAUAUAACAUCUCAAUUUUUGUUAGAAGAGCUGGCCCCAACUAUCAGGAAGGCUUGAGGGUAAUGCGUGAGAUUGGUCAGAACUUGGGAAUUCCACUUCAUGUUUUUGGACCUGAGACUCACAUGACAGCCAUCGUGGGGAUGGCUCUUGGCAAAAAACCUAUCCCCAAAAUCACAGAAGUUGAAUUUGCUACAGCCAAUUUUUUGCUGCCAGGUGGUCAGAGCAAGGAUAGCCCGCAGCAGUCAAGGAAGAGUUCGGCAACCUCAUCAACAUUGCCUUUACUUACAGCGAAAGAAAGUUGUAAUGCAGCAAAUGUUAAAACGAAAGAUCAGUCUGAUUUGUUGAUCAAUACACUUUUCACAAAAAAAACCAAAGCUUUGAUUUGGGGGAUGCAAACUCGAGCUGUCCAGAGUAUGUUGGAUUUUGACUUUGUUUGUCGACGGGACGAGCCUUCAGUUGUUGCAAUGAUUUACCCGUUCACUGGUGACCACAAACAAAAAUUCUACUGGGGUCACAAAGAAAUACUUGUACCAGUUUACAAGAAGAUGGAUGAUGCUGUGUCUAAACACAAAGAUGCUGAUGUCUUGGUCAACUUUGCUUCAUUGCGUUCUGCUUAUGAUAGCACUAUUGAAGCAAUGAACUACCCACAGAUACGUACAAUUGCAAUUAUUGCCGAGGGAAUUCCAGAGAAUAUGACUCGGAAGCUUAUUCUUCUUGCCGAAACAAAGAAAGUUAAAAUCAUUGGUCCAGCUACAGUAGGUGGAAUCAAACCAGGUUGUUUCAAAAUUGGAAACACUGGGGGAAUGAUGGACAACAUAUUGCACUCGAAACUGUAUCGUCCUGGCAGUGUAGCAUAUGUGUCAAGAUCUGGUGGUAUGUCAAAUGAACUGAAUAAUAUCAUAUCAAAGGCAACAAAUGGCGUCUUGGAAGGUGUUGCUAUUGGUGGUGAUCGUUAUCCGGGUACAACCUUCAUGGAUCACAUCAUGAGGUACCAAGUUGACUCCGAGGUGAAAAUGAUUGUUUUAUUGGGUGAAGUAGGUGGAGUUGAAGAGUAUGAAGUUUGUCAAGCUUUGCAGAAUAAACAUAUCACGAAACCAUUAGUUGGUUGGUGCAUUGGAACAUGUGCAGCAAUGUUCACAUCGGAGGUUCAGUUUGGACAUGCGGGCUCAUGUGCCAACUCAGACAGAGAGACAGCUGUAGCUAAAAAUAAGGCCUUGCAAGAAGCUGGAGCAAAUGUACCUCAGUCAUUUGAUACCUUGGGAGAUGUAAUCCAAGAAGUGUACGAGUCCCUUGUGCAGAUUGGAGACAUUGUGCCAGAACCAGAAGUGCCUCCACCAACAGUUCCCAUGGACUACUCGUGGGCCAGGGAAUUGGGCUUGAUCAGGAAACCUGCUUCAUUCAUGACAAGUAUUUGUGAUGAGAGAGGCCAAGAACUGAACUAUGCUGGGAUGCCCAUAAGUGACGUUCUGAACAAAAAUGUAGGGAUUGGUGGUGUCAUUUCUUUACUGUGGUUCCAACGCUGCCUUCCUGCAUAUGUGUGCAAGUUCUUUGAGAUGUGUUUGAUGGUGACAGCGGACCAUGGCCCAGCUGUGUCGGGUGCCCACAAUACAAUUGUUUGUGCUCGUGCUGGCAAAGAUUUGGUGUCUUCCUUGGUGUCUGGUCUACUGACUAUUGGAGAUAGAUUUGGAGGUGCUUUGGAUGGUGCAGCAAGGCAGUUCAGUGAAGCUUACGAUACUGGAUUGAUUCCCAUGGAGUUUGUUAAUACAAUGAGGAAGAAGGGACAGCUUAUCAUGGGUAUUGGCCACAGGGUCAAAUCGAUAAACAAUCCUGACAUGCGUGUGAAGAUAAUCAAAGAUUAUAUAGAAGAGAAUUUCCCAGUAAAACCUUUGUUCCACUAUGCUCUUGAAGUAGAGAAAAUAACCACAUCCAAGAAACCAAAUCUCAUACUGAAUGUUGAUGGUGUGAUCGCUGUUGCUUUUGUCGACCUUCUCAGGCACAGUGGCAGUUUCACAAGAGAAGAAGCACAAGAGUACAUAGAAAUGGGUGCAAUCAACAGCUUGUUUGUUCUUGGCAGGAGUAUUGGUUUUAUUGGUCACUACAUGGAUCAGAAACGACUCAAGCAAGGACUUUACCGCCAUCCAUGGGAUGAUAUUUCAUAUGUGCUGCCAGAACAGUAUGACAAUUAAUGUUAUACUUAAGUUGUACAUAGUGACUAGUUUUCAUGGUUUUUUGUUUGUUUAUGGUACAAAAAUAUGUAUAUUUCAUUGUCACAUACUUAACCUGUGUUUGAUAUUUCACUACAACUCAUUUAAAUAAAAUGAAGUUGGUACUAAAGUGGUGUUUGGUUUCAACUUUUGUGUGAGCUGUAAAUUUGUGAGCAAAAUGUUUUAAAUGGAUACAGACCUUGGAAGUAUUUUAGUUUUAAAAAUGAUUUUAUCCACAUUCAAGUUGAUAUUGAUAAAAAUAAUUUAGGCUCACAAAAAUGUUUUAUUUUCGUAGUGGAAGUAAGUAUAAAAAUGCUUUAGAACAAACUCACAGAUUACACUUAUUAUGGAAAGAAGUGCUAAGUGAAAGCAGUUAAUGCACAAACAUUAAACAGUAUUGAACAGAUCUAUAAUUUUGUUAACUGUUUGUAUUGAAUAAACACCAAGUUGCUCAUAGUUAGUUUAUAUGAAGCUGAUAUUCAAAAUGUAGGUGCUAUUUUAUGUCAGUGAUAUUGCUUAACAGUAACAUUUUCUUGAAUCCAUUUUCAGUUGACAAAGCAACCUGUAUAGCAUUAAAAUUAUUUGUAUUUAAUAAUUUGGUAGAGAACAUAACAGCAGCAAUUUUUUUAAAACAAAGCUGGGACUAUUUUUAUAAAUUAUUUAAAAUUUGUUUGUCACUAUGUUUUUAAAACUGUUUUAAUAAAAACUUUGUGUGGUUGGCUAAUGAGGCACUACAGCAUUUUGCAAGUGGUAGGACAGAAUUUUAGGAUGAAUACUGAGAUACAUAAAAUUUCUAGUUUUGUUUUUAGUUUUUUUUUUACUUUUUAGUAUUUUAUUUAUGUGAUAUGUGUUUUUAAUAGUUGUUUCAAAAUUUUCUAUAAAUUAGUGAUUUUAAAUGGAUUUAAAUACAAAAUUUUAAAAUGAAUUAGAAGUAUGCAAUGUGUAUGAUACUAUGGGUGCUUUCUAGUAUAUUUUUGAAAUUGUACUACAGUUGAGUUAGAAAAAGUUAACUUGUUUGUGAAGAGCUAUCCAUGACAGUACUACAAACUAAUUAGUUGUAAUGUAUUUGAUAAGUACGGUUUUGUUUGUGACUUAUUACUGUAAUUUAUUUCUAUUUUUCUCAUAAGAUGUAAUUUUUUUUAUGUCUUGCCUUUAAGUGCAAUAUGAGAGUUCUAUUAAAUUACAAUGCACUCUUGAGAAACAAUUUUUCUUUUUUUUGUAAUUUCUUAGUGGUUGGUAGUUUGAAUUGCCAUAUUUUAAGUAGAUAAUAUAGAAACCUGAGGUUUGUGAUCAAACUGGUUAUUUAUAAUAUUGUGCACUUAAUACUUGUAAAAAAACACAGGAAGAUCGAGUUAUAUCCCUCCAUUUGUCAUUGUCGGUGUUUUGAUAAUACAAGCUUAUAUACACAUGUUGGAGAUGUAUUUCAAUCAUGUGGUUACUCAUUUUUGUUGGUUUAUAUUUUUGUAAAGAUAUUUCCUUCAUAUUGCCUAGAACGAUACUGGGUACAUCACUGGUCAUAUGCAAUCUACAUACUCAAACAUUUGUUCAUUAUUUAAAUGAUAACUUAAUAUCCUUUAGCAUAGCAUCUAGAUUUUUUUUCUAAAACAUUGUUAAAACACUUUCCUUUGCCGUAUAGAAUUAAUGAGACUGUAGGACUCUGCUAUUCCUAAAUUUUCUUAAUAAAGUUUAAGAGUGUUGUAAGAAACAAUUUUAUUUUUGUUUUGUGGUUAUUCUUCAAAAGACUAACAAAUGUGGAAUUCUUGGCUUUGUAAAUAUUGUAGUUCAUACAUUCAGAUUUUUUCAAGUAGCAAUUUGUAAUGUAAAAAAUAGUUACAUUAUGCAGGUUGAAAAUGUUUUUAAUUGCAUUGAUAAAGCUGUGGUAGUAUAAAGUAUAUAAUACUCAAAAAUAAAUGAAAAUUGGUUAAUAUAUGCAUGUCAACAAUAAGAAUAAGAAAACAUACAUCAAAGAUAAAAUUUAUUUAUCAGUUCAGACUGCAAUAGAAAAAAUGGAAAGAGAUGUCUUAUGCUUUAUCUCCUGUGUAGAUGUUCAACAUUGUCUUAGUAGUUUGUGGUAAUAGGAUUAUGUUAGCACUUACAUUAAUAACUGCAGCAGGUAUUUCACUGUGGCUAAUCUAGAUGCUUAUGUAUUGCCCACUUGUAUGCCAACUUCACAGGAUUAAUUCUGCAUUAUGGUCUGCAGUGUAAUGAUAACACACAAUCAUUAUUUUUCAUAGCAGUAUUUUCAAACAUUCCAAAAAUGUUUUGUAGAUUAUUUCAGAAAUUUUUUUAGAUUAUGAUAAUUGUAAUAGUUUGCUAUUUACUGCUUUUUGUUGUCAAAAUUUUUUAGACUGUCUAUUCAAGGAGAUCAUUAUAUACCUUUCUUCAGGAAACUAUCAGCAAGCAUUAGUUAAAAGCAAAGGCCACUACCACUUAUCACAUAUGUUAGAAUGGUAAACAUUUUACUGUUUUUAUUAAUAAUCCAUCAGUUGAGUUUCGGAAAUAAGUUUAUCAAUAAAUUUACUACACCAAAACGAUUUCAGUAUUUCAUAAUCCCAAUUUUUGAAUUUCAUAUAUUACAUGUAAUUUACUAAUGUAUAGCAAUAAUUGUUGCAUUUAUACUUUGUUACUUAAGGUAAUGUUAUUUUUGACUAUACUUAAAUUACUCUAAAUAUUGUAGAAUGUGUGAUAGUUUAAUACUAAAAAUUAUCAUAAACAGUGGUAAGUUCAUUGAAAACUAAAAAAAAAACAUGAUUUUUGGGUUAUAGGUUUUUCAGAGUUACUCCUGCAUUAUUAGCAACAAUUAUUUGCAAUUUUUUUACAAGUUAUAACAAUUAUACUUUGGUAUUAUAAUUGGCAAAGCUAAAGAAGUUUUUUGUAUACCAAGUAUUUAUUACUUUUAUUCACAACAACUAUGCAGUGUCACUGAACAUUCUUUUUAAUAUUCUUUGAUGCAUUAAUGACUGUAUUGCUAUAAUAGCAAUUUUCCAGUAUGCAUUCGGGGUUAUGUUUGUGUAAUAUUAACUUUUAUUUUAGGGAAAUCAUUGAAAUUAUCAACAAAUGCAGAGUUUGUGGAUUUUUAAAAUUAUAACACAGGGCAGUAAAAAAAAAAGUGUGUAGUGUGUGUAUAUUGAGACACCAAAUAAAACAUACUUCGUUGUUGUACAAAUAUAUGUAAUUUUGAUUAUUUAUCUAUCAGAUGUGUGUUGCAAAUACAUUAAAAGUUAAGAAAGAGAACAGUAACCAUUUAUAUUAUUCUGGUUUUUACCCACUGUUCUAACACACAUACUCAGGAGCUUGCUGUAUGUAAUAGAAUAACCAUACUGUAACUCAUAGAUGGAAUACUUUUUGGUAGUAUUUUACAGAAAAUAUUUUGAUGGUUUGUUGCAUUCCAAAUAUUUUUGUGUAUUUUUUAUGGUGUUUUUAUCAGAUAUUACUGUUGCAUUUAUAAUUGCAUGCAUAAUUAUUAUGUGAAGUACUAUCUUAAGUAUAGUGUAGCCAUCCAUGAGUGGUAAAGAUUUCCUAUAAGUAAAUGUAUGAUUAUAAACUGUUAUAUCUGCAGAAACUGCCUUGUCUGAUGAGAAUUUUUGUUGAAUUUUUGUCGGGUCUUGAGAGUUGCACAGUUCCCCCCAGAUUCAUUUUUACAUUAAAUCUUUUUCCACAUUUUUUUAAAGUAAUAUUAACAACAGUAUAUAUUUAAUGUUUUUCUUGCUGAAUGAUAAAUGUUCACAAAAUUCUUUAUGAAGUAGCCAUUAACAUUCUUAAAUUAUAUAUAUAUAUUAAAAGAUUAAAAUAGUCUUCAAUCAAUAAAUGUUUUUACCUUAAUGGCUUCCCUUAUUGCUAUUUACUUUGUAGUAUAUCAGCUAACAUUUUUAGUCUGGCCUGUAAUAUUUAAUUUCUAAAAAUUUAAUGGUUACUAAUAUUUUAAUUAUAUAAGAGAUUGUUAAAAUGUAGUAUUUUAUGGGUGUGGAAAUUUUUGGAAAAUAAAAUGAUGUAUUAAUUUUGGGUUUCUUUGGUUACACAAAGUUUUUUUUUUAUUUUUUUUUUUAAACCAUAGAAUUGUUACUUGGUAUAAUAUUAAAAUAUUCAAUCUUUGUUACUUAUCAAAAUUACAUACUGUUUCGUUAGCAUUUAUGUUGGUUGGUACAAGUUUAAAUUUUUAUUCCUGUUUAAUUUAGUGUGUCAGAAACUAGAUAUUGUGUGUCAAGACAUCUCUGUUAGUUUGUUUUUAAGUUUAUAUUAUUUUAUUUGUAUGAUUACAUUUACCAUAUGAUUGUUACAAUACAAAUAAAGUAUAUAGUAAGAAGUUUUAUUUUAAUACUUGUGAUAUUUCAUCUUAUUUCCUUGGGUUUUUUGUUAGAAGUAGCUGGUUAUAUUUUUAAAUGGUUACAUCCUCUUUUUUAUGGAUUGUGUUUGAUACAGUUUUUAUUUGUGAAGCUGCUAUGCAUUAGUAAAUAAACAAAACCGAACAGAUAUAUUUUAAUAACAUUAAGAGGUUUAGAAUCCGGUAAAAGCACAACUGUUUUUAUUUUUUAUUUUUAAUUUUAAAAGAAGUUUAGUUAUUGCAUUGCUAAACCUCUUGAUUCUUAAUAUAAAAGUUAUUAACCACCCGUGGCUUCAUUUGUGCAAAUUCAAGGAUGGUGCUAAUAUUGUAACAAAAAUAUGUGAAGUUCCAAACACCCUUAAUGCACACAGUAAAAGGUUAGGGCUGUAGGCUUUUAAUUUUAUCAUAACAAAAUCAUUCAGUGUUUGAAUUUCAAAAGUGGUAAUAUAUAACCUGGUUUAUUUUUAAUGUAGAUUUCUGUGACAAUUAUUUAUCUUCUGUUUUACUAUGUUCUGAAAUAUAUGUAGUUAACAUUGAUAAAAUCACAAAUCCUUUUCACUUCAUUAGGGAGUGUAUUUUGAAAGAAAAAAUAAACUGCAAAACACGCAAA